UUACACAAAUUAGUGAUUUUCUCUGGUUCUAAAGCAUAUUUUGAAAAUCUGAGACGACAGGAUUGUUAAGAAAAGGAUAAGCUUGAGAACAGGCAUAUUUAUUUCGUUUCAUUUGCGAUUUAAAAAAAUCGCUAAUGAUGCAUUAUGCUAAUGAGCUUGAGGCUGUAGUAACGAUACCGCAUGCGGGAUGGGGCGGACUAAGAGGUUAACUUGUCUCUGCUAGUCAACAUGAUGUCUGCUGAAAGAUUCCUUUAUUACCAAGUCCCGCCCUCUCUCUCCUCCAAGCCCACUAGUGACAUUGUCCACGUUCCAGAUUGACUACAUUGAAGUCACCUGCCAGAUCUCACAAUGCCUGGAUUGGUGUUUAACACAUCAGUUAAUCAUAUCAUGUUGUAUAGUAAUCGUAUGUCCAUUUGUUGAUACGUGCUACUCAACUGCAAUAUAGUCUGCCUGGAACGAGACAGCUCUCUCCUCAUUGUAGUUGAUAGAUUGAGCCGUACUGAGCUCUGACCUCACAGACACAGGAAACUACUAACCCUGCUACUGUUCUCCCUCCCAUCUCACUCAGACCUCACAGACACAGGAAACUACUAACACUGCUACUGUUCUCCCUCCCAUCUCACUCUGACAGCCACAGUUUCCUCUUCUCUCUCUGGUUGGACAGCAUACUUGUUACUCUUUGGCCUCAACUUUAUUUCAUAGCCAUGUCUUAGUGUUACUUUGGGGUUAAACUACUAAUGAUUAAUUUUAAAGUCAACAAUAGGUUUUCUAUAUGUCCUGCAAACAUUUCUGAAAACCCGCUCAUUUCUGAAAACCCGUUUUUUCUUAGUCAUUAUGCGGUAUUGUGUGUAGAUUGAUGAGGGGAAAAAACAAUGUAAACAAUUUUAGAAUAAAGCUGUAACGUAACAAAAUGUGAAAUAAGUGAAGGGUAUUUGGUGGCCAGUCAAACUCUGGGGGGAAGUUUCCCCUAGGUGUAUGAUCAGCAAUCCCUCCCACGAUCCUAACCUUAACCAUUUGUGGUGGAAAUGCAAAACUGACCCAAGAUCAGCGUCUAGGGACAUCUUCCCCUACACCACCAGUCACAGAGUGAGAGCCAUAAUGUGUUCUCCAUUUGAAGGCUGGGGGUGCUGUAAACUCAGUCAUGAUAUAUGUAGUGCAUAUGUCAAUUAACAGGAUCCCAAUUAAUUUUAGCACAUCCAGAUUUGGGACCCUGUGAAAUCACACAUACAUUGUAUAGCAUGAUAUAUAGUAAUGUAAUGUAUUAUAUUAUCAAACUAAGACUGGUGCAAGUCACGUGGUGGCUUGCUGAUUGUGUUGUGUUGAACUCACACUUUGGUUGACUGAUAAAGAGUUUCACUACCUAAAGUCACACAGACGCAGAACAGCACAGGGAGAAGACACAGCUACAAACGUACAUUAGAGUUGAGGUUAGAAGUAGAAGUUACUGUAUUUGAGCACAAUUUUAAGAUGUCAGAAGGAGUCUAUGAAAACACAGAUGGAUUUGAAGACAACAAAUCUAAUGCAAUGAAGACAUCGAUGGCCAAUUAUAUGGCAACGUAAGUUCCUUCAAACCCCGUCCAAGAGAUGGAGUUGUUGCUUCGGGUAAGAUCGCAUGAACACACACACACACACACACACAGACACACAGACACACACACACAGACACACAGACACACACACACACACACACACACACACACACACACACACACACACACAUUACACACAAUAUAUUAAACAGGUGAGCUUAUCCUGUAGUACUCUAGCUUUAUUUGUCUCAAUCCUGGAUGAAACAGUUAAACACAUUACCAAAGAUCUUUAAUAAUGUGUGAUUCAGUACAUGUUCAGUGGUGGAAGAGACCCUCUGGAGUUGCUGCAGUGUGUCUGGGGCUGCUGUGUGUUUUCCUAAUAAUCUUUGAAAGUCAGUCUGUUGUCAAAUUACAUAUAAGCACAAUAUCAAAUGCUCAUAUUUGAUUGUUGUUCCUCCAUAUGGGUCCCAAAAGAAGGAAGUGAAGUGGACCUUUUCUGUCAUUCAACCAGCUGUCACUCAAAAUCUCCUUCAGGUUCAUUAAGAGAGAGGGAGGCAGGUUGUCUAGCGGUUAAGAUUGAUUGUCCAGUAACCGAAGGGUGCUGCAUCGAAAUCCCGAGCCGGCUACGUGAAAAUCUGUUGACGUGCCCUUGAGCAAGGCACUUAACCCUAAUUGGUCAUGUAAGUCGCUCUGGAUAAGAGUGUCUGCUAAAUGACUAAACUGUAAAUGUAGAGGAGAGCCCCGGGGUUUACUGUUAUCAUCUCAUCCUCACUGGUUAAAACUACCCAUCCUCAAUAUCCACUUGGAUCAGUUUGUAGUGUCAAAUCUAUUGUCUGGACAUUAUAAUGACCCAUGUUUGUAGUCCUGGACCUCCUGAACAUGUUGAUGUAUAUUUGGGAGUAAACAGAGGGUCCAAAUCAGCAGAAAGGUGAAAGGAAGGAGGAGUUCUGGAAACUAGUCUUUGUUCUCCACUUCCCCUCUAUGAUCUAUAUCUUCCUGGUAUGACAGUGUCCUGUCCAUCAUCAUAAAUAGCAAGUCCCAUUCCCUGGACAGGAGGACUGUUGAGAUAUACUCUGGACAAGAUGAACAUGUAGAGACAGGGAAUGAUUUAUAUUGUGCUGCAGAAAAUGUUAUAACAAUAAUCACUGUAACAAUCUCUCACACACACACACAUCUGCAAGCACAGGCACAAGCAUGCAAACUUGCCCUAUUUUUAUUUAUUAACAACUACUCUGUCAUUAUGUUGAUACUUCCCUAUAGUUAACACCUACAGCAGUCACACAGACAGAGACACACAGAUAACUCAGAGACAAUGAUAUCAGUAGAAGCAGAGACUUAACGUGUAGAGGUCUUGCAGUUGACGUACGCCGCCUCCUGGUGGCCAUGUUGGAAAGACCACCACAUUAAUUCUAGAAGCAGAGACUUAAUGUAUAGUUGACCUACAUAGAAAGAAAGACCCAGGUAUUGUUAAGAUGUCAAAGGGCAUCUAUGCUGAGCCAGAUAUGAACUAGAAGGUCAAGUUUAACAGAGGUGAGAUGGAGGAGAGGAUUGUUAAUAUAUCUACGUCCCUGAGAGACGGUGAGACCAGCACCAAGAGAGAAGAGACAGCAGACACUGCUCCUAGUAAUGGACCAGGAGACCAGCACUCAGAGCUUGAUAGCUCAGGGAAGAGACCCUUCCUAGUUGCUGCAGUGUGUCUGGGGCUGCUGUGUGUCCUACUGGCUGGGAUCAUAGGCCUGUCUGUCUACUAUAAUAGAGCCAUCAACGAUUCUGAGGAUAAAAGGAACAACUUGUUUCAGAGUUUCUCCCUUUAUAAAAUCAACGCAACUGAAGAGAGAGACCAGCUACAGACCAGAUACAACAACCUGACUGAAGAGAGAGACCAGCUACAGACCAGAUACAACAACCUGACUGAAGAGAAAGGUCAUAUUCAGGCAAAGCUUUUUGUGAUAGAGCAGCAUUGUCAGGAGCGAUGGAUAUACUUUGACUCCAAGUUCUACUUCCUCUCUACUGAGAAGAAAACCUGGAAGCAGAGCAGACAGGACUGUCUGGAUAGAGGAGCAGACCUGGUGAUCAUAAACAGCAGAGAGGAACAGACAUUUGUCUUCAACCUCCACCUGAGAGCCUGGAUUGGUCUAAAUGACUCUGUUACUGAGGGGAUCUGGAAGUGGGUGGACGGCACCCCACUGACCACAGGGUACUGGGCGGCAGAACAGCCUGAUGAUAGAGGGCAAGAGGACUGUGCUGAGAUAUACUUUAGACAAGAUGAUCCUGUAAAGACAUGGAAUGAUGACAAAUGUGGCACAAAUCAUAACUGGAUCUGUGAGAAAGAGGUGUAACAAUAACCUACUGUAACAAACAGUAUUUCUCUGUUAUUGUUAUUAUUAUGUUGAUGGUAGAACACAGUGCUGAAUGGUUAAGUGAUGAUUCCACCUGGUGGUUAAGGUGAGAGAUGAACUCACCAUAGAGGAGAAAAAGUUGUAUUACAGAGUUGCCUACUGGCUCUUUUUCAAUUAGACCUUCCCCAAUUCCUCCUCACAUCCUCUCUCUUUGACUUCUUCUCCAAACACAUUGGAGAAUACAAUCCUAGGGGAGGGACCUUGGACCUUCUCCUCUAAUAGGGUUGAGAUAGAUUCCUCUCCUAUCUCCUCUCCUUCUAGGAAAGACUAGAAGACUAAUUGAGAUAGAGCCUUAGUGUCAGAGAGAGACAGAGGAGGAAGAAGAAAAUUAAGAGAAUGAGGAAGAGAAAACAAUUAUUCUUGUUUAGAUUUAGAGGAGAGUAUGUAGACAUAUUGUACUCUGUAAAAUUAUUCUUCAUUAUUUUUUAUUUAUUUAUGUCAUGUGAUUUGCCAUAGGCUUAUGCUUAGUAAAAAAAAGUAUGUCCAAUUAUUAACCCUCAAUCAAUCAAAUGUAUUUAUAAAGCCCUUCUUACAUCAGCUGAUGUCACAAAGUGCUGUACCGAAACCCAGCCUAAAUCCACAAACAGCAAGCAAUGCAGGUGUAGAAGCACAGUGGCUAAAAACUCCCUAGAAAGCCCAAAACCUAGGAAGAAACCUUAGAGAGGAACCAGGCUAUGUGGGUCAAAUAAUAAUAAUCACAGUGGUUGUAGAGGGUGCAACAGGUCAGCACCUCAGGAGUAAAUGUCAGUUGAUUUUCAUAGCCGAUCAUUCAGAGUAGUAUCUCUACCACUCCUGCUGUGUCUAGAGAGUUGAAAACAGCAUGUCUGGGACAGGUAGCACGUCCGGUGAACAGGUCAGGGGUCCAUAGCCGCAGGCGGAACAGUUGAAACAGGAGCAGCAGCACAGCAUCAUGCCAGGUAGUCCCGAGGCAUGGUCCUAGGGCUCAGGUCCUAGGGCUCAGGUCCUCCAAGAGAGAAAGAAACAGAGAGAGAAUUAGAGAGAGCAUGCUUAAUUUCACACAGGACACCGGAUAAGAAAAAAAAAUCCAGAUAUAACAAACUGACCCUAGCUCCCCGACACAUAAACUACUGCAGCAUAAAUACUGGAGACUGAGACAUGAGGGGUCAGGAGACACUGUAGCCCCGUCCGACAAUACCCCCGGACAGGGCCACACAGGCAGUAUAUAACCCCACCCACUUUGCCAAAGCACAGCCCCCACACCACUAGAGGGAUAUCUCCAACCACCAACUUACCGUCCUGAUACAAGGAUGAUUUAGGAAAAAAAAAAACACCUUUAUUUAACCAGGUAGGCAAGUUGAGAACAAGUUCUCAUUUACAAUUGCGACCUGGCCAAGAUAAAGCAAAGCAGUUCGACACAUACAACGACACAGAGUUACACAUGGAGUAAAACAAACAUACAGUCAAUAAUACAGUAUAAACAUCAACGUGUGUAUAGGUGGCAGGGAAGUCAGGCGCAGGAGAAUCAAACUUGGUAUAAUGGAGUAGUUCAAUAACUUAAAAAGACAGCUUCCAAACCAUAAUGGAUACGAGGACCCGACGUGCACCAAUACAAACUACAAGAUCAUGAACAAACAAGCAAUCUGAGAAGGAUAUGAGGGGAAACAGAGGGUUAAAUACACAACCAGAUAAUGAAUGGGAUUGGAACCAGAUGUGUAAGAAGACAAGACAAAACCAAUGGAAAAUGAAAAAUGGAUCAAUGAUGGCUAGAAGACCGGUGACGUCGACUGCCGAGCACCGCCCGAACAAGGAGAGGCAUCGAUUUCAGCAGAAGUCAUGACAGCCGAGUAUAGCCCACGGAGAUCUGCCCCAAGGCACAACCCAAGGGGGGGGCGCCAACCCGGACAGGAAUAUCACGUCAGUGACUCAACCCACUCAAGUGACGCACCCCUCCUGGGGAUGGCAUCGAAGAGCACCAGUACGCCAGUGACUCAGCCCCUGUAAUAGGGUUUGAGGCAGAGAAUCUCAGUGGAGAGAGGGGAACCGGCCAGGCAGAGACAGCAAGUGCGGUUCGUUGCUCCAGUGCCUUUCCUUUCACCUUCACACGCCUGGGCCAGACUACACUCAAUCAUAGGACCUACUGAAGAGAUGAGUCUUCAAUAAAGACUUACAGGUUGAGACAGAGUCUGCAUCUCUCACAUGGAUAGGCAGACCAUUCCAUAAAAAUUGAGCUCUAUAGGAGAAAGCCCUGCCUCCAGAAAGCCCUGCCUCCAGAGCAAGCCCAUGUAAUGCUUUGUAGGUUAGCAGUAAAACCUUGAAAUCAUCCCUAGCCUUAACAGGAAGCCAGUGUAGAGAGAAUAGCACUGGAUUUUUGGCAAUAUUACGUAGUUGGAAAAAAGCUAUCCUUGAAACAGUCUUGAUUUGUUCGUCAAAAGAGAGAUCAGGGUCCAGAGUAAUGCCGAGGUCCUUCACAGUUUUAUUUGAGACGACUGUACAACCAUCAAGAUUAAUUGUCAGAUCCAACAGAAGAUCUCUUUGUUUCUUGGGACCUAGAACUAGCAUCUCUGUUUUGUCCGAGUUUAAAAGUAAAACAUUUGCCGCCAUCCACUUCCUUAUGUCUGAAAGACAGGCUUCCAGGGAGGGCAAUUUUGGGGCUUCACCAUGUUUCAUCGAAAUGUACAGCUGUGUGUCAUCCGCUUAGCAGUGAAAGUUAACAUCUGUCACGACUUCUGUCCCCUCUCCUUGUUCGUGCGGCGUUCGGCGGUCGACGUCACCGGCCUUCUAGCCAUCGCCAAUCUACUUUUAAUUUUCCAUUUGUUUUGUCUUACACACCUGCUUUCAAUCCCCCAAUUACUUGUUCAUUUUUACACCCUCUGUUCCCCCAUGUUUGUUUGUGAGUGAUUGUUUAUUUGUAAUACAGUCUGUUAUUCUGGGGCAA